UAUCCACCGUAGCAUUCACCCAUCUCCGUCGCCGAACCAAAGCCGCCGCAAGCCCCUUCUCUUGAGAAAAAAAUGGCGAAAUCGAGCGCCGACGAUGCUGAGCUCCGGCGAGCAUGCGAGGCCGCGAUUGAGGGGAAGCAGAAGGUGGUGCUUUCGAUCAGAGUUGCAAAGACAAGCGGGGGCUCUGCAUGGGGUAAAUCUUCCAAGCUUGGCCGCCAAAUGGCUAAGCCUAGGGUCCUCGCUCUCUCGACAAAACAAAAAGGUCACAGGACGAAAGCGUUUCUUCGAGUUUUGAAGUAUUCCAAUGGAGGAGUUCUCGAGCCUGCUAAGAUAUACAAGCUGAAGCACCUUUCAAAAGUGGAAGUUGUAAGAGAGGAUCCCAGUGGAUGUACAUUUAUACUGGGAUUUGAUAACCUGAGAACCAAGAGAACGGCUCCUCCGGAGUGGACAAUGCGCAAUAUUGAUGACAGGAAUCGCCUCCUGCUUUUGAUCUUAAAUAUCUGCAAAGAUAUUGGAGGUCGCAUUCCUAAGGUUGUUGGCAUUGACGUUGUGGAGAUGGCUCUUUGGGCUAAGGAAAAUACAUCCACAGUUUCCACUCAAACCCACACAGAAGUAGAUGGUCCUGUUGAAUCUGCUGCUAUUUUUACGACAGAAACAGAACUGAAUGUCAAUGUCGAAAAGGAACUUGUCUCCCAGGCUGAGGAAGAGGACAUGGAGGCUCUUUUGGGGACUUAUGUCAUGGGAAUUGGUGAAGCAGAGGUAUUAACUGAAAGGUUGAAGAGGGAGCUGCAGGCUCUUGAAGCAGCAAAUGUCCACGCCAUUUUAGAAACUGAACCUUUAAUAGAUGAGGUAUUGAAAGGGAUUGAGGCAGCAACGAAUUGUGUGGAAGACAUGGAUGAAUGGUUAGGCAUGUUCAAUGUGAAACUUCGACACAUGAGGGAGGAUAUUGAAUCGAUCGAAACCCGUAAUAACAAGUUGGAAUUGCAAUCAGUAAAUAACAGACGUCUCAUGGAGGAGCUUGAUGGGCUUCUCCAGAUAUUGAAAAUCCCUCCUGAACAUGAAGCAUUUUUGACAGGAGAUAAAUUUGAAGAACAACAAAUGCUUCAAAGUACAGGAGCAUUGGAGUGGUUGAGUGAUGCUAUGCGUGGUAUCGUUGCAACUAAAGUAGAUCCUGUUUAUGGAAAUAUGACAGCUGUUCACGAGAAGCGAGGGGAGCUUCAACUAUUAAAGUCUACUUUUGUUUUCAAAGUUACAACAUUCUUAAGAAAUUAUUUCGCUAAUUUUGUGGAAUACUUGUUAAAGGAUAAAAAUAACUUUUCUCAGCGUGGACAGUUGAAAAGACCAGAUCAUUCUGAACUACGAUACAAGUGCAGGACAUAUGCACGUCUGUUGCAACAUUUAAAGAUGCUUGAUAAGAACAGCUUGCUUCAAUUGAGGAAAAAUUAUUGCUCUUCUAUGAACUUGCUUCUUCGCAGGGAGGCCUGUGAGUUUGCUAAUGAAAUUCGUGCUAAUACCAAAGCGCCUAGAAAUGUAGCUGUUUGGCUUGAUAGUCCUGCAGGUGCUGGUCAGAAUGUAAAUUCUGCCGACACUUCUGUAGUUUCUGAUGCAUACACAAGAAUGCUCACAGUUUUUGUUCCACUUCUGGUUGAUGAGUGUUCAUUUUUUGCACAAUUCAUGUGCUUUGAAGUUCCUAUACAUGCUCCUCCAGGAGGAGUUGACGAAGAUGAUGAUAAUGAUGAUGAUUUGGGAAUCAUGGACAUUGACGAGAAAGACGGUAAAUCUGGGAAAAAUCCUGCAAAUCCUCCAAAUCCUGAUGAGCUUGCAGCUCUAAAUAAUUCACUUCAAGAUUUGCUUGAUGGAAUGCAAGAAGACUUCUAUAAUGUUAUAGAUUGGGCAUUCAAGAUCGAUCCUCUACGCUGCAUAUCAAUGCAUGGAAUAACAGAACGCUAUCUCUUUAGUCCAAAAGCUGAUGCAGCGGGAGUUGUACGCAUUUUGCUUGGCGACCUGGAGUCUCGUAUAUCUAUGCAAUUCAGCCGUUAUGUUGAUGAAGCUUGCCAUCAUAUUGAAAAGUUUGAGCGCAAUACUCGCCAAACAGGUGUCUUGCCCUACAUUCCCAGAUUUGCAACCCUUGCAACACGGAUGGAGCAGUACAUCACAGGACAGUCGAGAGACCUGGUUGACCAAGCAUACAUGAAAUUUGUCACCAUAAUGUUUGUAACUUUAGAAAAAGUUGCACAAGCAGAGCCAAAAUAUGCGGAUAUAUUUCUUUUUGAGAAUUAUGCCGCCUUUCAAAACAGUUUGUAUGACCUUGCCAAUGUUGUGCCCACUUUGGCCAAGUUUUACCAUCAGGCUAGUGAAGCCUAUGAGCAAGCUUGCUCACGCCACAUUAGCAUGAUUAUCUACUAUCAAUUUGAACGCCUCUUCCAGUUUGCUCGAAAGAUUGAGGACCACAUAAGCAAUAAUGUUCAACUCGAAGAGAUUGCUUUCCAAGUUGGGAUGUCAAAAUCAGAUCUACGGAAGACGCUAAAAGCCAGUUUAUCUGGGGUGGACAAGUCCGUAGCUGCAAUGUACAAGAAAUUGCAAAAAAAUUUAACUUCGGAGGAACUGCUGCCUUCCUUGUGGGAAAAAUGCAAGAAAGAUUUCCUUGCUAAGUAUGAAAGUUUUGCCUUUCUUGUCGGUAAGAUAUACCCUACCGAAUCAAUCCCUUCUAUAACAGAGAUGAGAGACCUUUUAGCCAACAUGUAAAGGAAAUGAGAAAGUGGCUGUUGUAGAUAUGAGUGACUCAUUGGACUCCUUACCAUGAGUUUGCACUUAAUGUUUCCCGUCAAAUGGAUCAUCUCAUGUGCCAUAUGUGAUCGUCGGGUUGGAAGCAUUGAAGAUGGAACAAAUGAUUUGCAUUCUAUAGAUGAUGCGGUCUUAUUCUUAUAUAAGUCGUUGAUUGAAGAGUUCUCAAAACUUGAAUACCAUUACAGAACUAUUUCUGUACCCAUGCUAUAUGCUAUAUGAUAUAUGAAAGAAUCAAGUCUCUCUUGUUACAUAAACAAAAAAUUCAUUUGA